AUGCCUCCUAAACUUACACAAGCGAAUGGUGAAUUUAAGAGUGCAGCUUCGUCUUUCAGAAAUUUCAUCUCAGCCAAACCUGGAGCUAAAUUUGCCGCUGAAGCUGGUCGUUACCACCUCUACGUAUCGUUGGCUUGUCCAUGGGCACAUAGAACUCUUGCUGGAAGGGCCAUAAAAGGAUUAACUGAAAUCAUCCCGAUCUCAAUAGUCAAUUGGCACAUGGAUCAAAACGGAUGGAGAUUCAUUAACAAUGAGGAGUUAGCCAAAACCAAACAAGGUUCCGUGGAGUACGGUACUAUAGAUCAUGUCAACUCAUUCAAAAGGUUGAAGGAAGUUUAUCUCAAAGCUGAUCCAAAAUACGAUGGAAGAAUUAGUGUACCAGUAUUAUGGGACAAAAAAUUGAGCACCAUCGUUAGCAAUGAAUCUAGCGAAAUAUUAAGAAUGUUCAAUACUGAGUUCAACGAGUUACUUCCAAAGAAAUAUUCCGAAAUUGACUUGUAUCCAUCAAAAUUGCGUGGAGAAAUAGAUGAAUUGAACGACUGGAUUUAUGAGAAUAUCAAUAGUGGUGUCUACAAGACAGGAUUUGCUGCCAAGCAAGAAGUUUACGACAAGCAAGUAGUCAACGUUUUCAAACACUUAGAUAGGGUAGAAGAUGUCCUCAAGAAGAACGCAGAAGAGGGUAAAGAGUUUUUAGUAGGAAACGAAUUAACCGAGGCUGAUGUUAGGUUAUACACCACUAUCGUGAGAUUUGAUCCAGUGUACCAUCAACAUUUCAAGUGCAACAUUAGAAUGAUUAGACAUGAUUACCCACACUUGCACAAGUGGUUAAGAAAGUUGUAUUGGACGAUCCCUGAAUUUCAAGAAACAACUAAUUUUGACCACAUUAAGUAUCAUUACACCAAGAGCCAUCCUCAAGUCAAUCCAUUGGCUAUUACCCCAUUGGGACCAUUACCUAAUAUUUUACCAUUGUAG